CGUCAUCUAUUCCACUAUGGGUAUACGUCAUAACCAUGGUGGUAAUGACAGUCCUGACAUCCAUCCUGCUCUUCUACUUCAAUGUUGGCCUUUCACCAGUUCUGGAUAGCUGGCUGUUCUUUGUGCAGACGUCUUGGUACAUCUUCCCGAACGAAGUUACAUUCGUCUACAGCAGCAUCUACACCGUGUUGACUUUCGGACUCGGACACGUCUGUCUCAAAGAGGACCUAAAUCGACUUCAAGUCAGCACUCUACUCAUCAUCCAACCAAUCACACUUCUUCUCAUCUUCCUGGCUAUACGCAUUGCACGAUCGUACAACUACCUUGGAACUCGAUUGGCAAGACUACAGAGCCACAUGAAACUAGUGCGAGUCAUGUGGUUUGUUCUGGUCUACAGCUACUUUAUGCUCACCUUCACAGCUCUCAGUGUGUUCUGGUGUGUGCAAAUCAACGACAGGCAGGUGCUUGCCAUGGAUGGUUCCGUAGACUGCUAUGUGUCACCGCAUCUAGGCUAUGUCUUGGCAGCAGUCGCAAUCCUGGCCAUAGUUAUCAUCCCACCGCCGUUGCUAUUACUCAUUCGACGAACACAUGGUCAUAUCAUGUUGAAGGGUUUCGUGGACGAGGCAUGCUGCAUGUACACUGAUGAGUGCCGCUGGUGGUCAGCUGUGAACCUGUUGAGGCGUAUUGCCAUUGGCCUGCUUGGAUCACUACCGUUUUCGAGCGCGGUGUCCAGACUGUUGGUGACAUCUGGAUUCCUUCUGUUGCUUCUAGUGGUGCAUAGCACAGUUCGACCUCUUCGGAAGGGUGAUUUUGCGGGUGUUGGCUACAACACAUGGGAGUCGUUCAUGCUCUGCAUUUCCAUCUGUAUCUCAGUACUCUACAGUGUCAUGUACGCGUCGCAGAUGACCGAAAACUAUGUGCUAUGGGUCAGUGGGGCACUCUUCCUUACGCCCACUGCGUUGGUGCUAACAGCACUCCUCUACCGACAAUGCCUAGCAAAGGAGGGAGGCUACGGCAGAUUCAGGACCCUCUCCGCUCGCCUCAUGUGGCGGCGUCGGCAAGAGGGACGUAGACGGGAGAGAAACGAAUCACAUCUGGACGAAACAGCCUUGGCCAACUUGAUAGGCGACAUCAGAGACCCACUCUUAGUUGAUAACAUCCGUGAUCAACAAGAGGGUCGUCUCUAAAUUAUGUUGUGUGAUCAUGCACCUGAUAGAUCUUCAAGAACACGAGAAACUGUAUUUGCUGUAAAUUAGCCUCUACUUUUGUCGUAGUAGUAAGCACUCCCCCAUUCUGGUCUCUCAGCGCUCACAUGAAUAUCUCCACGCAGAAGUAACAUACACGUUCAAGCACAUCUUUCGUCAACUUCAGAAGCAAUGCAAGAAAAGCCUAGACAUGCAUUCUUGGUACUAAGAAAAUCAUACCUAUGAAGACAGGAAUGGAUGAGUAUCCGGUCCUCUGUACUAACAUUGAAUGACAACAUGUUGCCAUGUGGAUCUUCUCCAUUUGUAUGCAUAUUGCAACACAAAUUCUGUAGUGGAUUACUUCAAGCUUCAGGCAAUCGCCUAUUCGCUCUUUGUACUUAUAUCCGUAGUGGAUCCUUUCUUUUUACGAAAAGAUUAAUUGAACAUAUUCAUUGCUACGAUCAUGCAUUAUGUGCUUGCGCGGCUCUCCCGAUCUUUAUUACCACCUGGAUGUGAUUCGGAAGAACAAUCUUCCAUAUUGGCCUUGUCAACAGAACGAUAGGCAUUUGGAAUUUCACAUGUUUUUCUACUCAUUGUUUCCAAGUUUUUUCUUUCUUUUCAUCUAACAUGUCCAUGUUCGUACCAGAAUAUUUUUCAAACUCCCUCCUCCGUGUCGUCAUGC